AUGGCUUCCGCAUUCGUCGAUACCCCGUUCGAGCUCCCUGCCUACGAGACAAAUUAUUCCAUCUCGAGUCCACAGUCGAAACCGAUCAUCCUUACCCCCUUUCUCAGAUUAUCAUCUGAACUCCAAUUCUUUUACCAAUCUAAAGAACUGGAUGCGAGGCCUUAUCUAAAGACACCCAAGUCGCUCUUGAGUCCCUCCGGGACCCCCUUUAUGAAUGCACUUGGGUAUAGAAAGCUAACGCAUGUCAGAAGACUCAAUUUGUUGUCGUACAACGUUUCCCAGUCCCAGCGUGAACGGUUUGAACAAUUGUUAUCUCGGUGCACCUCGGUCUUGGGUGUACAAAUUUGGUAUCCAGAUCCUGCGCUGGUUAAAGCCGUGCGCGAAAUGUUCUGCCUCUGUAUUAGCGCGAUUUGCCAAAUGCAAUUGUCUGCACGCAGUCCCAUAUUUGAAGGUCAACCCGGCGGAUAUUUUUUCGAAGUGAUUGGAAGACUGCGUGAGAAGACUGAUUCUUUAAGUCAUGCAUGUCUGAAAAUCUUUGGGACGGAUUUGUCUCUGAUAGGCCAGGAAAUCCAUGCUACCUCAUGUUGCCCAAUAUGUCAACUUGACCACCAUACCCCACACUACUCGAGACUCCUGCACCCAGAAUAUGAAGGGGGGGCACCCUUGAAAAGUCUACCACUACUUGAUGAAAUACCACGGCUAUCGAAGCCUGAUGAAUGCGUUGUUUGUUGCGGACCUAAUUAUAUGCCCGUGGCCACUAUGCCCUGCGGUCAUAGACAUACCUGCUUAGCAUGCAUUAUUCGAUGGACUCAAAGCGAAGAAGGAGCUCCUCCUAAUGGAUGCCCUUAUUGCCGUGCCAAGAUCGCUCGCUUGAAGCUAUUCAUGCCAUAUCCUCGAUUCCGAGUCGAAGAAUCUCGAACGAAAUCGACAUACUCACUCGCGAAACCGUUUGCAGAAACAGAAAUGGGUUAUGAGGAAAUGGAGAAGAGGCAGAAAGAGGUAAUUGAGGUUGUAAACUUGGUGGGGCCUUGGAUCUGGCGGGUUUCGAAAGAGGAUAGAAAAAAAUUUGUAGCACAGCGAAGGCAGGAACGGAGGCGCUGGAGAUUGAGAUUGAGAAGGGAAGCUAUAGCUCAGAAGGCCAAAGCUAUGUAA